AAAUUUGAUUCAAAUGAUUAGUUCAAUGUCGUUUAUUCAGAUAAAAUCCCGAAGAAUUGAGUGUAAAAAAAAUGUCGUUAUCUGCUGUUGGACGAACCCAGGAAGUGAACACGGAGAGGCGCCUUUUCUGAUCUGGUCCAUGUUGUUGAAUAACGGCGACUUCUUUCCUUUCAACCGUCAGCACUAAUAAAAGCGUGUCCCGCUGGGCAGCAGUAGAGUAAAUGGCCACAAAAAAGAAGCGAACGCCUAACGUUCAUAAUGACAGCUGGGUUGUCAUCGCUGCAGACUCCGUCAUCGACCCACAGACGCACGGCAGUGACCCGGCGUUUGUGAGACUGAGGAACCCCUCCACAGAUGGAGCGUCUCUGUACGUGCUGGCCAGUGGGGACGCACAGCUGUAUGAGGUCAAAGCCUUUGAGGAAGAUCUACACUCAUGGUUUGUUGGCCAAACAGUGCAGAGAGAUGGGAAACUCCUCUUUGUCACACCGAUGGAUCCUCUCUAUCUGAUUUUGCCCUAUUUGGUUAAAUGUGGUAAAGAGGGAAAAUUCCAGCCUGUGGAUCAGGUUGUUAUGGAUGAGGAAUUCCCAGCGUGCUCCAGGCUGCUCAGAUGCACACGUUCCCUGGCGUCCCUGCACCACAUUGCAGAAGAAAAGGAGGUGGGAAGCCUUAAAUUUCAUCGAUACAGCGAAGAGAAAACAAUGAACUGGUUGAAGAAAAAGGUGGAGAGGACAGUUGUUGCCCUUAGAAACAGAAAUAUCUCUGUGGGUGAAGGAGUCAAAUCCACAACAUACGUCAGAGUGAAGUCAGAAUCAGAUUACUGUGAGGAGGACUACCUACGCUAUGGCCAUGGCUUAAUAUCAGAGUACAUCAGUGAAGACCUGAGCAAAGCCCUCCUCAGACACCUGCAGUUACCUGAGCUGACAAGUCCCAAGGAGACAGAGCCUCCAUCUAAGAGGCGGAAACUCUCAGACAAACCAGUGGAGGCUGGAGACGACUACACCAAAUUCAACAGUCCUGACUUUGCGCGGAAACCGCCCAAGAAGAUGACGGCUGCUCAGAAAAGUCUGGCAAAGGUGGACAAGACUGGCAUGAAGACUAUGUCAUCCUUCUUCAGCCCCAAGGUCAAAGCAGAAAAGAAAUGAACCUUGUAUAGUUUGUUUGUACGUGGCCCAUUUUGUAAUAAAGAAAAGGUGACACUUUUGUCAUUUAAAUGAA